AAAGAUUAAAUCAAAUAAAACAUGCACUGUUACAGCCAGGAAAGCUUUCUUAAACUUUUUUGUGUCAGUGGAUUCAAAGUUUUCAAUGCUGUUGGCUCUAGUUUCUCUUUCUAGUGCUUAGUUUCUUCUUAAGUGGUUUAUAGAACCAAUUUCCACUCAUGUGCAUAAAAAGUUCAAGCUGAAAUGUGAGUUUUGAUGCUGAAAAAGCCUAAAACAAACAGCUGGCGGAUCAGCUCCUACAGUCAGGCGAUCACUGACUGGUCUGCUGUGGGAGACAUGUUGCUGCCAUGGUUUGGAUCCACUUGUCAACGUAGAGAGAGGAGUCACUGCAAAGUUGUUCUGAGUCAGCGUCUUUAUCCUGUGAUGCAUUUACCUUUGUAGUUAUCAGAGAUGACGUAACAGCAGUUUGAUUAUUAUUAUGCUCAAGUUCAGUAAACAAAUACAUACAAACCAGGAGGUUUGACAUUCAACAGAAUUAUUAAUUACCUGUUAAAACUGUACUGAGUGAUGUCACCUAAUUCGAGUGUCAUAAUAUUAAAGUAACAUUACUGGAUUCCCAACAUGACAAAUAUGCAAAUGAAGACAUGACAGAAGAAAUGUCAAUGAAACGGCUUUGAUUUGAGUGUAUUCUGUACGACAACAGAACAAUGUAAGAACAUGGGGAAGCCAAGAUUUUGAUCAACAAAAUGUCCUCUGAUCUGUGUAUUUUGGAAAGAAAAACAAAUGAAACCCCCAAACUAUUAGUUUUACCUUCUUUGAGGCGAUUCCCACCCUGGAAGUACAGUGGGUCCUAAACUGCAUUCAAAGUUCACUAAAAGGUCUUAGUCUUACAUGUAACUUGAUGAAACCUGCAGAAACCCUGUUAGCCAGUCAGUCAUACACUUAAAUGUGCCAGGUGCCAAGGUUUGCCCCUGUGUCUGGUCUCAGAAGUCGGUCCUCCCGCUGAGUUGUUUGCAAAUCCUGUUGGUUUGUCAUGGAACCGAGCGUGGAGCUUUGUCGUCAUUGUGGUGAGAGGAGCCGCGCUGCACAGCUUCCUGUGUUAUGUAAUGGCACAGAAGCUGCAGAGAGACGAGGAGGACGAGGAGGACGAGGAGGCCAGGGCUAGAUUAGGGUCACACUGAGAGCAGGCUCCACACUUACCAUUCACUAAAACCAGAUCAGCUCCAGUCUCAGAUGAUGGAUGUGACACUGACUCACCAGUAAAUAUUUCCUUCAUUCAUUCUUUCAGUCACUGAUUCACUCAGUAACCAUUCAUUUGUUCAUUCUCAUUAUUGAAUUAUUGAUCCACUCACUUGCUCUCAUGUGUAUUUAUGGGUUCAGUCGUCUGUUCAUACCUUCAAAUCAACUACACAGUUUUCAGAGGGAAACUUCCAUUUGCUGACAGUAACCACACAGCUACGACGCUGUAACUGUGUGUGUAGUGGACCACAGUUCCCAGUUUACCAUCCUCUCCUUCCAGAUCCAUCUCUCCACCUUCCUCCCCUCUCUGCAGCAUCCCUCCUCCUGCUCAGCCAAUCAGCUGCUGGGGAGCUGGCCCAUGUGACUGACAGCCACCAAUGGUUCUCCACCAGGCACCGGCAAAAAGAGGGGCGGCGCCCCUCCUCCUCCUCCUCCUCUCUGAGGAUCAGACGGGUGUCUGGAGCAGAGUCGAUGGAUGUGAAGGCUCCGUAUAAUGAGCUGAGACACGUUUCUUCCUCUUCACUGGGGGGUUGGAGGCUGAUGCUCAGUCUUUAACCUCCCUCUGCAGGGGGACGCCAGGAGAAUGAAUGGCGAGGCGAUGGAGGGGGGCCCUGCUCAGGACAAGCAGCAUGCCGGUAACAGCUCCCACCUCCCUCCUCCUCCCACCAUCACACCAGCCAUCCCUCCCUAUGUGAAGCUGGGCCUGACCAUCGCCUACACCAUCUUCUACUCACUGCUCUUCGCCUUUGUCUACGCCCAGCUCUGGCUGGUGCUGCGGUACCGCCACAAGCGUUUCAGCUACCAGACGGCCUUCCUGUUCCUGUGUCUGCUGUGGGCCGCCCUGCGCGCCCUCCUCUUCUCCUUCUACUUCAGAGACUGCGUGACCGCAAAUGCACUCGGACCCUUCGCCUACUGGCUGCUCUACUGCUUCCCCGUCUGCCUGCAGUUCUUCACACUCAGCCUCAUGAACCUCUACUGUGCACAGGUGAGGGGGGGCCCUGCUACUGGUACUGCUGCACCACAGACUGGUACUGGUGGACCAGUACUGGUGAACCAGAAAUUAAUACUGGUGGUACUGGUGGACCUGAUACUGGUAGACCAGUAAAUGGUCUUAUAGUUGUACAGCACUUUUCUAUGCAUUGCAGCACACUCAAAGC